AUGCACGUCACCGCAGCCGUCGUUUUUGUUGUUAAGAGCGACGGUGAUGUCCAUCGCCCCUUGCAGAUGCUCGCGAGGCGAGAAUUGGUUGGGUAA